UGUCAGCCAGAAAUUUAGUGCUCCGACAAAAUGCAGCCAACGACGAACGAGGACGCCGACAGCGAGGCAUUCAACUCGCCACAAUGCCUUGCCUCGCCUCUGCCAUCUUCAAGUUGGAUGCCUCCUCCCAAUUGCGACGACCAGUGCUGGGAUUAGGUCGUCCUCAACGAACGAACCGCUUUUUGCCAGCUGGUCCCUGCUACCCGAGCUUUCAACGUAACGGCGAAAACUCCGUCCUCACCCCCAGCUCAUCACGGCUAGCCUCGACGCGAUUUACUUGCUUAAUGUCCUCUGCUUCUUCACCGGCUCGCCUAGACCACCUUGCGGGGAUACCUCUCCAGAUUAGCGAUGGUCAUCCCACAGGGUGCGGCUGGAAAUUGGCCUUUUUCCCGUCUUCAUUUCCUGUUCGCGGUGUAUUCAACAGCCCCCAAGGUCGAGGGCGGCUACACGGCAGGAAAGAGUGGCCUAGCAAUAAUGGCUUCCGGAUAAUGAGUAUGACGCAACACUCUGAUCGCAGCGUCUCAUUGAAAAUCCCUCUUGGCCCUGCAGUCAGGCAAGCGUUGACACGGACAAGGGUAAGCUUAACCCCCGGUCCCGUUCACUACCUGUGGACCUUAUCCGGCGAGGGUUGCAACGGCCACUGCAAAAAAAGAAGUGAAAAAUCUGGGCUUCUGUUUCGUUCGAGGAACACCUUGACUCCCUCUGACCGCGAGCCCACUGAUCUGAAGAGCAGGGAGUCCAGGGACUCAGGGAGAGGGUUCGCAACAAACAGAGAGCGAAUUGAUGUCACCUGUGGACCCAGGCGUCAGCUUCGUCGCAUUGCGGCACCUUGACACCCUGGGCGAAUCCGUCGUUGGAUCCCUCCGAGGAGCCUCUUGGCCGCAUCUUCUCUGCCAUUGCCCGUCGCAAGUGAUGCGUCGUAGCAUUGAAGAAGGUGGCAUGCCGCAGAGAGGUGAUGCAAUGGGCCGUCAGCUGCAUCAGUGUAGACGUUUGCAUUCACUUGCGGCGCACCCCGCCGCG